CCCCUUUUCCCCUCUUUUCCCUUUCUCCGCCCCACCAACUUAUGCCGCACAUAUUUCUUUUACCAUUUAAAAAUCAGAAAACAAAAUCUUUAUGACUUUCACUUAUUGCGGAUCUGCUACGCCUAGACCACUGUCUUACAUUAAGAUCCAAAAUAUGAAUGCACUUUAAUAUUUCUGAAGUUGGGCAUGAGUUGCGUGAAACGCUCGGCGACAGUGACCUUGUUUACAUUUUUGUGUUGAUCUGUCCGUGGGUCGACUAUAGAGCAAAGAGACGUUUAUUUUAGAAGAUUAGUCCAUGGAAUCUAACGACAGAACUUAACAUUUGUGACGAAGAAAGAACAUUUUGCUUUUGAAGGUUAUUCAUCAAGUGAUGGGGGGAUGCGUGUGCAAAGAUGAGGACACAACCCCUUUGCCAAACAGCGCCAGCAAUGGACUCAUUGAUGACCACUACCGACCCAUUUCUCAGUGUGGAUUUAAGUCGGCUUCAACGGCAAUACAUAUGGAUACUGUAGAUGAAUUAGUACUUGAAACAUUAAAUGUAAUAGAUACUUAUGUAGAAACAGAUCAAGAGCCACCUACAUCAAUACUGACACUGCAUGCCAUUGCUGAUCAAGAGGAUGGGUGGAUUCAGGUUGUAACAUCAAUGAUUCGAGUGAUCCCAAUUCAUCAUCCUCUAGGUCCUGCUGUAAUUACCUUAUUAUUUGAUGACUGUCCACUACCGACAAAGGAAUGUGUAAUGAAAUUAUCAAAUAUUCUAAAUCUUUCCAUGCAAGUUUACUCUCAAGGUUCUCCUCAACAUAGAAACACCUGUGUCUUGUUAGGUCUUUUGGCAGAAAAGUUGUCUGGACCAAGCAGCAUAGCUAUUCUUACAGACACAACAUUAAACUACCUCAUUAAAAAUUUGGACCCAACUGCAGAACCACCUGUAAUAUUGUUUUCCCUUAUUGCUCUGGAAAAAUUUGCUCAAACCACGGAAAAUAAAGUGACUAUCAAUAAACAACUAGAGUCUAUGGAAUCCCAUCCAAUUUUGCAAUUAGAAAAAUGGGUAGAUUCACAGUGCUAUUUUAAACGACAAGUUGGAUUUUGUGCUCAGUGGUGUUUGGAUAAUAUUUUCAUCGUGAAAGAUAGAGUAUUUUCAUAUCAAUGUGUUAAUGUGGAAGGAAUAAAUGUUAUGCUCAACACAAAGGAUGUGAGUGAGUACCUGAAAAUUUCACCUGAUGGAUUGGAAGCCAGAUGUGAUGCAUACUCUUUUGAAAGUGUGAGAUGCACAUUCCAAGUUGAUAAUGGGGUUUGGUUCUAUGAAACACUAAUAAUAACGCCUGGUGUUAUGCAGAUUGGAUGGGCCACUAAAGACAGCUCAUUUUUAAAUCAUGAGGGUUAUGGCAUUGGUGAUGAUGAGCACUCUUUAUCUUAUGAUGGCUGCAGACGUCUGGUGUGGUACAAAGCUCACAGUCAAAAACAGAACCGUGAUGUCUGGAAACCUGGUGAUAUCCUAGGUUCAUUACUUGACCUUGACAAACAAGAAAUCAUAUUUUAUCUUAAUGGUGAACCCCUUCCACCUUGUACUGAAGUUUUCAAAACUGCCAGCAAAGGAUUUUUUGCUGCUGCAAGUUUUAUGUCUUAUCAGCAAUGCAGAUUUAAUUUUGGAUCGGUACCAUUCCACUACCCUCCUACUGAUCGAGAAUUUAAAAGUUUUAAUGGUUGUGCCCAGUUGAGCCCAGAGGACAAAGUAAUUCUCCCAAGGCAUAUAUUUCUACAACAGCUUAGCAAACUUAGUGUACGGGAAGACUCCUGCACCCUUUGUUUUGACAAGAAGGCGUCAGUAAGACUCCUUCCCUGUCACCACUGGGGAUUUUGCUCGAGAUGUGCUGAUCAGCUUCGUGAAUGCCCCAUGUGCAGAGCACCAAUAGUGUCAAAAGUUGACAUGCCAUAAAAAAUAUCUAAUCUUUGUGUUCAUAGAUGGCUUUCUGAAAGGGUCGAACUCAAUAUUGAAGCACAUACGCUUGUAUGACAAUAAGUCAUGAUCUUUACCCAUGUGUUAAUGUAGUAGUCACUGUGAAUUGCUGGAUCUUCCAUCUAAAGGUUUUUGUGUUCAGGAUCCUUAGAAAAACUCCAGUAGUUCAAGCGUUCCCAACUUGCAUGGAAUUUACUGAGAGGUUUCUCAUGAAAUCAAGGUUCCUCAAAUGUAUAUUGUCAGUGUUAUCUGCCGUGACGAUUCAUGCAUUUCUGCCAAUAUGUUCAAAAUCCUACUCGAAUAGCACCUGACCACAAGGUUGAUAUAAGUCUGCCUCAUUUUGCCUGAGUCUAGUUUUGCCAGCAUGAAACUUAGAUGAGUUAUUGUGUUAUUUUAAAAGUAAAAGACGAACUGUUACGAUUUGCAUGCUAUUAAGUUCAAGUGAACUUUAUAUUCAUGACCUAUAAUUAUUCAACAUCUUUACUGCAGGGUCAUCAAGUUAAUACAAAUUGUGUGAUUUCCUACUGCGAAUUUGACAACAAUCUGACGAACACUUUCUCAUCUAAAUUGAUUAAAAAAGGGAUUGAACAGGGCACUAUUUUGUGUACAAGGCCAUGAUAAUUUGUUAUCCAAAUCUCAUUUAUGUUGCUCUUUGACUGUAUCUUGCCACCCGCGUGAGUAUUUUUUUUAUCAUAAAUAAUUAAAUUGCUUUGUUUGUAUUCUUCAAGACUGUACGUGGUAAAGUUGGCAGAAAUUUUUAAACAAAGUUUUUUGACUACUGCUUUCUUUGUUUUAUCCAUGACAAAUACUGAGCCUUUGUGAGGGUUUAACCUGGGUAAGAAAAACAGUGUUAAAAGCUCAAUAUUUUACUAACCGUCAUUCGAGUAUUUUUGAUCUUAGGAUAGGUAUCAUUUUAAUUACAAGUGAACUACAAUAGUAUUGAGUGUGACUACCAUACUAAAAUGUAUUCCAACAAUAUUACCUCAAAAUUUUGAAACGAUUCAGCCAACAAUGGUUUUGAAACUAUAAUUCUAUUCUUUGAUUGAAAUAACCUAAUCUAAAUAUUGCUUUGGUAUAGUAAUUUUCUUGUUGUUUGAUACUGAAUUUCUUCACCUUAUUUGCUUGUACAUCUCAUUUCACAAUUUACCUGCAGGUGUAGAGAUGACAUUUCCUGCACUAUAGACAUUUUUGACUAUUCCAUAUUUUCAAAUUUUGGCUCUAGAGAAGAUAGUCUUUUGUUUCGUGGUUUUUAUUAUAUUAGUAUCCACAUGAUAGUAUUUUUUACAUUUUUCUGGUAGUGUUUUUCAUAGGUUCACAAUGCCAACUGAAGAGAGAUCAGGGUUUUAGUGAAUUUGACGUUCAGUGUUGCAAGAAGAUGCUGUUCAGUAUUUGUACAGUCUUUUCAGCAUUUUGAAUAUCUUAUGAAGUUCCAUAUUUUUACUACAAAUGUUUUUGUCGACUUGAUGGCAGUAGUGUACUUCUAUUUUGAAUGAAGUUCAAGUGAAACGAAGAUUGCAGUGGGUAGAGUCUACCAUGAGCAUUUACGUUUGGUAGUUUAAAUGAUCUCAUGAUCUCUAAUCUUCCGACUAGCCACAAAUUCAUAUUCUUCAACAGUAGGUAGUGUUCAGAGUAAAAUUGUUAAGUUAUUAAUAAUUUUGAAACCAAUUUGAUCAAAUUCUCUCCUGUAAGCUUUUAUCCUGCUUAUCAGCCUUAAUAGCUAUUAGGUUUUCUCUGUUUUUCACUUACAGUUCUUCAACUUCUCCUUCUCUCCCUCUCUCGUCCUAAAAUAAUUACAUUUUGGGCUUCUCUAUAAAUUUUGCAUGCCUGUUACACAUCUAAUCCAAUCUAUCUGAAGGUGGCCCUCCAAUGAAACCUGGAACUCAUCACUCAUCGUAUCAGAUUUUGCUGUUAUUGAUGCGGCCUGAGUUUGCUAAAUGUAAGUUGGAAGUUUAGUAGAGCAAUACAUACAUUUUCACAAAUUUUGCAGGCAUUAAACGGGUGUCUCUAUGAGGGACCCAUUAGUACCCAUCAUUUAUCAGUAGAUCCGUAUAUGGUCACUCAAACAUGUUCAUAAUUUGUGAAAAUGUAUUUUAUUACAUUUCUAAACUCUUAGCAAAACUCGGGCUGCAUCAAAAACAACAAAAUGUAAAAUGAUGGGUGAUGGGUUCCAGGUUUAAAUGGUGGGCCACCUUGAGUCUCUUUUUUUUUUUCUUCUUAUAAAAUAAUUGUGAUGAUUACGUACUUGGGGGGCUUGUUCUUCUUACUCCAACAAGAAACGUCAAUGUCUUCCUGUUCAAAGAAAGUUUUUUUUUUUCUUUCUUUUUUUUUUCAUUUUGGUUCAUGACUACAAGCAGUAUCAAGGCACCAAGUUUUUUAAAAGACAUGCUCUGGCAAUAGUACAAUCAGCUUAUAUUUUGGUUUACUUCUGCUUUGUUGCUACAGCUUAUCAUAAAACAUGCUAGAAAUUUACUUUUUUGCUGCUUCUUUGUUUCCACAUGUCAAGUGAUUAGAUCCCUUGCUCUAAGUUUCAUGUUUCAGUGUUUCUGAAACCAAGGUCAAAAUUUACAAAAUAUUAUGUUUUGGAGAAAAGACAGACUUUAUAAACAGUUUGUGAGUCACAUUGUGGAGUUAAAACGUUAUGAUUAAUAAACAGAAUGAAUUAUUUAACCUAAUGAAGCAUGUCAUUACUCUUGAUGGCCUUCUGUUUGAUUGUAUGGAAAAUGUUUGUGAUGUUGCAUGUUAGUUUCAAUUUGAAGUAUAUGAUGCCAUAUUUAAAGUAAUUUUAGUUAAAAUUUGUCAACUUUUGUUGAACUUGUGCACAUUUUUCACUGAUGAUGCAAGUAUUUAAGAUAGGAUUAUGCACUUAAGACUUUUUUUGACUUUAUUAAAGCUCAGUUAGUCUUCUAGAGUGUCUUCCUGCCAACCGCCAAUAGCACCUUUUGAGGUUCUAUAGUCACUGAAUUUAAGGGAAUCUAUUCAUUUUGUGUAUAUUGUCAUGUUCUUGUUUAAAAUGUGUAAAUUUUGUUGAAUGUUGUGUGUUAUAAACAUAUUUUUAUUGAAAUAAAUUAAAUCAUUCUGUAUGCUA